GGGAAAUUUUUACUAGUUGAUAAUAAAGUUUUCUUGAAUUUUCAACGAAUUAGUAGAAUUGAUUUCGAUUUAAUUUAAUGUUCGUCGAAAGAAAUGAAGCUGCCGACGCAUAUAAUCCACCAUGGGGGACAACGACCGUCAUCACGCUACGAGAAGCUGUGUCAACUUAACAAUUCACUAUACUAUGCAUCGGCAACAGAGGAUUCGAUCUUCGUUAUCGUCAUCUUUAUUAUCGUUGCCAUUCUCAAUGUCUCGAUCAUCCAUUCUACCCGCACCGCUAUCACCAACUACAUCAAUAUCGUCUGUGACAACAUCUACAUCAACUUCAACGUUGUCAUCACCGUUGUCAUCGUCAUCCAUCUUUUUACCAUCGUCUGCAACGUGGUCGACAUCCAAUUUAUCGUCGUAUUCUUGGAGUGUACAACAAACCUCGUAUUCGAGGUUACCCUCGUUACCAAGCGAAUUGUCGAUCAUGUCAAUAUCCUGUCCAAGACUCGUCUCUGUGUUAGCCUGGUCUGUGACGCUUUUACUUGUUUCAUCAUGCAUCGGUUUAACGGACGCUGGCAUUUUAAAUGGACACCCUUUGGGUAAAAGGUCCUUUAUUGAUAUUCAAUGUAAGGGUAUAUAUGAUAAAAGUAUCUUUGCCCGACUGGAUCGAAUCUGCGAGGAUUGUUAUAAUCUAUUUCGAGAACCUCAAUUGCAUCAAUUAUGCAGGAAAAACUGCUUUACAUCAGACUACUUCAAAGGAUGCUUAGACGUAUUGUUAUUACAAGACGAAGUAGAAAAGAUCCAAACAUGGAUCAAGCAACUUCAUGGAGCGGAACCCGGGGUUUAGGCAAGACUGCUUUGGUACGGAAUAUUUUACAAGCUGUAUUCAAGCAUUGCUGCUUGAAGAUGAAAAGGAAAAACUUUACGAAAUGGUCGAGUACCUAGGUCGCAAGAAGUAAGAGGAAGAGAACACAGAAGCGCUUUCAUCGUGAAGGCUUCCAUUUUUAUGACAUCUACGAUGAAUGAUUUUAAUAAGACCAACGAGAAACUAUAAGAAACAACGAGAAACGAGAAACUAUAAGAAACAAUUUUUAUAAAAAGAUCAUUACAAAAUUGUGAAAAAUUACAAUAUUCGUUUAUGCUACUUCUUUUAUGAAAGAAUACUCUUAAAUUGGGAAUUUGAGGCACGCAAUCAUACUUUUUCCAUUCUCUUCUAUGAUAUAUCAUAUAGAACAACAAAAAUGAUAUUAUCGAAGUAACUAAUAAUUGUUAUACAUAUAUAUACAUAGACAUUCAUCCGAAAAAGAGGAGAAAGAAGAAGAA